AUUUUAAUGAAAUAAUAAUCAAUAUUUGUCACAGUUGGCAGCACCAACUUUGAUGAAUUGAUAAAAGCAAUUGAUAAUUAAGAAGCUUAAAACUAAUUGAAAUAGUUGGGUUAUAACAAAGUCGUUUGUCAAAUUGGAAGGUUUAUGAUUCAGAUUAAUAUUUUAUAGUGGUAAUUAUGAACCUAAAACCGAGUUUUUUAGAUUCAAAUCAUCUUUGAGUGAGGACUAUCAAAAGGCGGAUUUGAUCAUCUGUCAUUGUGGAGCAGGCACAAUUUUAGAGUGCCUAAAAUUGAAAAAAAAGAUUAUCGUAGUAAAUAAUGACACCCUGAUGAAUAAUCAUCAAAUGGAGUUGUUUAAUGCUUUAACCAAAUAGUAAUUGGUGUGUGGAAUUAAAUCGACUAAGUAAAUAUAAAGUGAAGUAUUUUUGUAAAAAUAUACAAGCUAAUUGAUAAAAUUAAAGAAUCCUCUUAAUUGAAAGCGUAUCCAUUACCAGAACCUAAUAAAAUUGAUAGUAUUAUUGAUUCCAUGUUUUGA